GGAGAGCACGCUUACGAACUAAAAAAACUAUCAUUAAAUCUUGAAAAAUGAAAGAAACAGUUUGUCAUCACUUAUAUUCUGAUUGCAGCAUAACAUUUGCAUUGUACAAAGAUGUAACUAAUGCUAAAGAACUAAGACAGAGUGUAAUGAAUGGAGAGUUUGAAGCUACCUUAUUAAAAACAUCGAUGGUAGCUGACCCAUUCCAAGUUCUUGUUGCUGCAAACCGAGCUGUACAUCUACACAAAAUAGAGAAAAUGACAACAAAAAACGUUCAUUCAGAGAUCCUCUUCUGUUUGUCAUCCACAAAAAAUAUUUCAGAUUCAUUUCGCAAGUUUGGACUUGGUGAUGGUGAUACGUCAGUUUUUGUUGUGGUGUUGAACGACAAAGAUGAUGCAACAAUGAAUCUCAUUCAGUCAAAAAUACAAGGAACUCAGAUACCACUUACUGACGUGAAACAGUUUACAGAUGAAAAGCUUGUAAAGAAGUUGUACAAAGUAACGGACACAGAAUUGAGUUCAUGUUCCCUUACUGAUGCUUUAGUAUCCAAAAUUGCCAGUAAAGAAUUUGUGACAAUCUGAAGCUCCAGUGCUGUGAUUGAAUUAUAAAGACAGACUAGCAACAACAUAUUGACACUGGAAAGAGACCUCGUCACCGAGAUAUUAAAGCAAACAGGCCUGGGGUUUUUCAGGACUGGCCCUUAUUUCAGGUUUUUGACAGCCAGAAUUUUGCUAUAUGCCGGAAAUUAUUUAAAAUUGACAUUUCAGGUGCUAAAAAGUUGAUUUUCAGGCCUGGAAUAAGCUGUAAAAAGGAAGUCCUUUCAGAGUGUGACACAACUAAGCAUUUUAUUAUGGUUUAGAGGGAUACAGGGAAAUGUCCGUAACUGUUAUAACAGUUUAGUGGCUAGCAAAUGUUUAAAAAUUUAAAUUUGUAAAUGAUAUCUGUUUGUUUUUACAGAUCUAUCAUAAGUUUUGUAUACACUUCACAGUAAGAUAGUUAUAAUUACAGCAUAUAGCCUGAAUAUUUAACAUGUAAGACGCUGCUUCUGCAAGCAUGCAGUACGAAAUUGUUGAACCAAACAUGUUCUCAAUAUAAAUGUGACCAAAAACGCAACAUUACCGGUAUUCUAUUACUUACCAUACGAUCUGUAUGUUGGGAAGUCGGGACUCAUUCAAAUAAGUUAGUACAGUAUUGAGUACAGGAAUUCUGUUGGCGUAAGACAUUUCCAUGCCCAACUUGAAUACUGUUUAGACAUUAAACAAAGCUAAACAAAAUAAUCUGUGCUGUAGUUAACAUUUCGGUAGCCUUUACAGUGAUGUAGCUUUCACCGUGAUGUAGCCUUCAGUGUGAUGCAGCCUUCAAAGUGAUGUAGCCUUUACAGUGAUGUAGCCUUUACAGUGUUGUAGCCUUCACAGUGAUGUAGCCUUCAGUGGGUGCAGCCUUUAUAGUGGCCAAUUAGAAUUUUGUCACCAUCAUUUUGUGCCAGUUUUGCCAAAAAGUUUUCAUGAAUGACUGGAUCUUAUAUACCAGUAAUAUGUUGAAUACAGUGAUCCUGUUAUAUAAUAUUAAAUGUAAAGAUGUAAAUGAUACUUGUUAGCUAUAUGUGCAUAAGUUCAGCCCCUAUUUACAGGUGUAAACAGGAAUAAUAAUGAAAUUUCCGUUGUCUUGUUGGUAGGAUCUCAAGUAGAUAAAUAGCAAUGGCUUGAUGGAUAAUUUAUCAUUUUAUGAGGACAUGGUAAAAGAUUCUUUGUCGUUUUAUUUUCAGAUUUUAAGAUUCCUUUCACGGAUUAUGUAUAAUAGAGUUCCUCUUAAGUUCAUGGACAGAUUCUAUUUUAAUCAACAGAUGGACUGACCAAUAAACUGUUGUCUAUAUAUUGGGCAUGUAUUUUUACGGUACUAAGUACAGGAUGGCAUCGACUUCAGUGUUAAUAACAGAAUUUGAAAUGACCAGAACUGUAAAAUACCAGCUGUGGAAAUUAGCAAUGAAAGCUGUUAAAAUGAUUAUAUAUACUUUUAAUUGAUCUCAAGUGGUAGUACAGGGGCAAUAUGCAUCUUCAGUGUUGACUUUAAAUACAGUGUAAAUAUUACUGUAAAGAUGCUAUUGUUGUAUGAAAUGUUCAUAAAAUUCUGGAUUCUGUU